AAAUAACUAAUUUAAUAAUAAUAACAGAAGAGCCUUUAUGGAAACUAAAACCUUAUAUCACGUUUUCAGUUUUGAUGCAUUCUUGCUAAAUAGCCUAACUAAAAGUUCAGCACAAUACAUGUGUGUAAGGAUAAUUUGAGGGGACAAUGCACUUGGCGAACAUUACGUUUGUUAUCCUUCUGUUACUGACAAAAUGUUACGCUAAAUCUUACAGAGACUAUUCAUUGAUCCAUGGGAUUCCGAAAUCCGAUCAUGAAUUGGAAUUUUUCAAGGCGUUGGAUACGUUUUACAAUGUCACAUUCUGGAGGAAGCCUAGCUUGGUUGAUAAACCAGUUGAGUUCAGUCUAAGUCGUUUAAAUUUGGCAGAACUUAUAAGAGAUACUAGAGAUAUGGACAUUGAAUUCGUAACUUUGAUCCGUGAUCUGCAAAGUGCAUUCGACAACCAAACUAUUAAGCCGUAUAUUAGGCGACGAAUGGAAUCUUUCGAUUGGCAGAACUACUACAGUGUAGAAGAUAUCUAUAAUUGGCUCAGAGAUCUUAGUGAUGCACAUCCACGUGAAGUACGAAUACAAAGCAUUGGACAAAGUGUUCAAAACAGGCAUAUACUUGCUGUUAAUAUUGAUUUAGGGGCAUCUGAUCAAACUAGCAGAUCCGUGGUUAUGGUCGAAGGAGGUUGCCAUGCUAGGGAAUGGAUAUCACCAGCAUUCGUAACCUUCAUGAUAAAUACAAUUGUAAGCUCUAAAAACUCUACUAACCAAGAAUUGAAGCAGAUAGCUAAUUCGUAUAAAUGGAUUUUCAUCCCUUUAUUAAAUCCUGAUGGAUAUUCAUAUUCACAAACUGAUGAUCGCUUAUGGAGAAAGAAUUACCGUGGAAAAUAUGGUGUUGAUUUGAAUCGAAAUUUUGGUGUCGCAUUUGGAAAAUUUGGCGCAGCAAAGGAAAAUAAACAAGAUGAAGAGUAUUGUGGUAAAGUACCUUUCUCUGAACCAGAAACAUCGGCACUGGCAGCAUUUAUAAGCGACCACAGCGAUUUGCUGGAAUAUUAUAUAUCUUUUCAUGCAUAUGGCCAGUAUAUUAUUAUCCCUUACGCAUUUGAAAAAGAACAUAUGGAUAAUUAUGAUACAGUGAAACAGUAUGCUGAUCAGAUGGCAAAACAAUCAUUGCAAAAAUACAAUAUUUAUUACCACGUAGGAACUGCUUAUGAUACAGUGGGUUACCUUGCCUCUGGAACAAGUUCUGACUGGGUGAAAAAAACCAAGAAUGUCUCUUACACACUAACUAUUGAGCUUCCCGAUCAGGGUUACUACGGGUUCACGUUACCGAAAGAGAAAAUCUUGCCCACGUGUGAGGCGACUAUGGAUGCUUUAAUUCCUUUCCUGGACCCAAAAAUUGAUACCAAACUUCGAAUCCGAUUGUUUAAUGGAGCUAAACGACACAAGAGCUUUAAAACUGUAUUUUUUAUAGCCCACAACUGUAUUAUUUUGAUAGGUCUUCGUAUUUGA